AUGGAAUUUGUAUCUCUGCUCGCAAAUGACUUCAUAGAUGAUUGGGUUAAAAUUGGUUUACCUGCAAAGGCUAAGGUCAAGGCUGAGUUUGGCCAUUUAGCAGAAGAGGAAAAGCUUGAGAUCUGUGAAAGGGAGGUUGUGAACUUGUCUCUGAUAAACCUACUGACUUAUCCAUAUGUGCGAGCCGGGCUAGCAAACAAAACUUUACAGUUGAUGGGUGGAUACAAUGAUUUCGUCAAGGGAACUUUUUGUCUAUGGGAGCUUAACUUUGGCAUGAAAUCCCUUCUCUUUGUUUGA